AUGGCAGACAAUGCACCCGCAGCCGAAGCACCAGUUGAGGUUCCAAAACAACCAACCAAGAAAAGGUCACCCAACAGACUAGUGGUGGAGGAGGCCAUGAAUGAUGACAAUUCGGUGAUCUCGCUCUCCCAGGCGAAGAUGGAGGAGCUGAACCUCUUCCGUGGGGACAAUGUGUUGAUCAAGGGCAAGAAGCGCAAGGACACAGUUUGCAUUGUCCUGGCAGAUGAGAACCUAGAUGAUAGCAAGAUCCGCAUGAACAAGGUUGUGCGCAAGAACUUGCGAGUUCGUCUUGGUGACAUUGUCUCAGUGCAUGCUUGCGGGGACGUUCCUUAUGGAAAGCGGAUCCAUGUUCUGCCGUUGGAUGACACUAUUGAGGGUAUCACCGGAAACCUCUUUGACACAUACCUGAAGCCUUACUACUUAGAAGCCUAUAGACCAGCCCGUCAAGGAGAUCUCUUCCUAGUGCGAGGUGGUUUUAGGCCUGUGGAGUUCAAGGUGGUGGGCGUUGACCCUGGGGAGUUUGUGAUUGUGGCCCCCGACACGGUGAUCCACUGUGAAGGUGAGCCUGUGAAGCGUGAGGAUGAGGAACGUUUGGACGAUGUGGGCUAUGAUGACAUUGGUGGAUGCAAGAAAGCCAUGGGCCAAAUCCGAGAGAUGAUAGAGUUGCCGUUGCGACAUCCCACGCUCUUCAAGACUUUGGGUGUAAAGCCGCCAAGGGGCGUUCUUUUGUAUGGUCCUCCUGGCAGUGGCAAGACCUUGAUCGCUCGUGCGAUCGCCAAUGAGACCGGCGCUUUUUUCUUCCUGAUCAAUGGCCCGGAGAUCAUGAGCAAGAUGGCCGGAGAGGCAGAAAGCAACCUGCGAAAAGCGUUUGAAGAAGCUGAGAAGAACUCACCUGCCAUUAUUUUCAUCGAUGAGAUUGACUCUAUUGCCCCAAAGCGUGACAAGACUAGCGGUGAAGUGGAGAAGCGAGUGGUCUCACAGCUCUUGACAUUGAUGGAUGGCAUCAAGGGCCGUGGCCAGGUGGUGGUCAUUGCGGCCACGAACCGGCCCAACACCAUUGAUGCCGCGUUGCGACGUUUCGGACGCUUCGACCGGGAGUUGGACAUUGGUGUGCCAGAUGACAACGGAAGGCUUGAGAUCCUCCGCAUCCACACCAAGAACAUGAAGCUAGCCUCAGAUGUGAAGCUGGAGGAAGUGGCCUCAAACACUCAUGGAUUUGUGGGAGCCGAUCUUGCACAGCUUUGUACCGAAGCAGCCUUGACUUGCAUUCGUGAAAAGAUGGAUCUCAUUGACCUGGAAGAGGAGACUAUUGAUGCUGAAAUCUUGGAUUCCAUGGCGGUGAGUCAGGAACAUUUCAAGUCCGCAAUGGGCACAGUGAAUCCAUCAUCCCUUCGAGAAACCGUGGUCGAAGUGCCGAACAUCAAGUGGGAUGACAUUGGUGGAUUGGAAGAUACAAAGCGAUCUCUACAGGAGACGAUUUUAUAUCCUAUUGAUCACCCUGAGAAGUUCGAGAAGUUCGGCAUGCAACCCUCCAGAGGAGUUCUUUUCUAUGGCCCCCCAGGCUGCGGCAAAACGCUGCUGGCCAAGGCGGUAGCCUCUGAGUGCUCGGCCAACUUCGUGAGCAUCAAGGGCCCAGAGUUGCUCACCAUGUGGUUCGGAGAGUCAGAGGCCAAUGUGCGUGAAGUCUUCGACAAGGCCCGCGCAGCAGCGCCCUGCGUUCUUUUCUUCGAUGAGCUGGAUUCGGUGGGCACAGCCCGUGGCUCCAGUGCAGGAGAUGCUGGUGGAGCAGGUGACCGAGUGAUGAACCAGCUACUGACCGAGAUCGAUGGUGUGGGUGCCAAGAAGAACGUUUUCUUCAUCGGCGCCACCAAUCGACCAGAGCUCCUGGAUGAAGCCUUGCUCCGUCCGGGUCGCUUGGAUCAGCUCAUUUACAUCCCGUUGCCUGACCUGCCCGCAAGACAGGGCAUCCUGGAAGCCACAUUGAAGAAGUCACCAGUGGCUCCCAAUGUGCCGCUGCCCUUCAUUGCGCAGAAGACCGAGGGUUUCAGCGGAGCAGAUCUGGCAGAGCUGUGCCAACGCGCCGCCAAGGCUGCCGUACGAGACGCCAUUGCGGCGGAUGAGCUGAGGGCCGGAGAUGAUGACGCCAUGGACACCACCAUGGGAAAUGAGAUUGGUCGCAAGCACUUUGAAGAGGCGUUUGCAGGCGCUAGGCGAUCAGUGGCGGGUUCCGACCUGGCAAAGUAUGAUCAGUUCCGGAAGAAGUUUGACCCAAUCUACAUGAACUCCACCGCGGGCGGAGGCAGCUCGGGCGUAGUCAUCAACUGGCCGGACGAUGUCGGCAUCGGAGCGAGUGCCGCGGCGGCGGACGAUGACGACGACCUCUACGGGAACUGUGAACAGUGGAGUUGGAGUCUUUGGGGCGCGGAAAUAGGCCGAAGGCUGGAAGCGCUGGUCGUGCUCUCCCGGCACUCCAAGCUGCUGACUGCUGCUGGCCUUAGAGGAGAAGAAGAAGAAGAUGAUGAGUGCAGCCAACUUUCAAUACUGGGUUUUGCCUCAGCGUCGCAAGUCAAGGACUUGCAGGAUCUUCAGCAGCUCUUUCAGUUUGUCUCCGACUUGCAGGUGGUGGUGAAUGUGGCAAAUGAGCCAACACCACCUGGAGUGGUCGAGGCCUGUGAGAGCUGCUGGAGCUGCUGCCAUCGAACUGUCGCUACCACAGUUCCUGAGCGCGACUUGCCGCUCUUCGAGCAGCUACUGCACAACCUGGCCGAAGGCAGAGCACCUGCGCGGCUGCAACUGGCAGAGCACCGGGAGUGCUGGGUCAGCAGCUCUGGAGACCACCGCCGCGCCGCUGCGCAGAUCGAGGGCUUUGCAUCGCAAGUGCAGCGUGCCGCGCUUGGGCGCUUCGAGCGCUUGGCAGCGGUGGUGUGGUACAGCAGCGAGUGGCAAGCACAGCUUUUGGAGGUGCGUUGGCUUGCUGGGCCAAACCCUCAUGGUUGGCGCAGGCCAGAGGCGCCCCUGCGGCUGGUAGAAGCAUCGCCGCUUGAAGAUUGGCUUUUGGAACAGGAAUGCUUGGUUGGAUCGAUGAUUGUGCCUUCCAUGCCCAAAACACUGCCAUGGAAGAGCUGCAGCAUGUCAGCACCUGGCUUGAAAGUGGAGACUUUGGCUGACUGUGAGGAAGGCAGAGUCCUCUACAUACCAGAACUGCUGGCGCAUGAGGAAUGUCAGCAGUUUGUCGCGCUGGCAUUGUGCUUUCAUCAGCCUGCUGCACAGCCUGCAACAAUUGUGCCGUUGCCUCCUCAGCACCUUUCCACCAUGGACGACUCCUUGACCUCUGUCCUUUGCCCCGGCCGGGAGUCAGCUGCACCGGCAGCCCUGCUGUGGGAGGCACCGCAGCGGCAUGGAGUACGGCGAUGCGGAGGCACGAAGCUCACUGUUUGGUUGUCGCCCUGUAACGGUGAAGCUGUAUUCCCGUGGCUGCAGGCUGGCACGGAGGAGCACGCAACACUCUCCGUUGGCGAUGCGUGCGCCCGCUUGACGGCGGAUGCUGAAAACGAUCACGUGCUCCGUGUGGAAAUGCGACAAGGCGCAGCAUUGCUGGUUGAGGGCAGUGAGUCCCGAGCUGCGUGGCAUGUGCAGUCAUCAACUGGAGCUUGGACGCUGCAGAAGCUCUGGGUGAACCGUGAAAAGAAACCGCCCCAAGCAGUUGAAUAG